AUGAUUUCUGUACGCUUCAAUUUUCUUAAAUAUUUUUAUCCAACAUUAUGUUUUUUGACCUUAAUUUUAUUUACUUUCCAACACAAUUCUGAUAAUUUACAAUCAGAAUUUAAAAAAGGAAGACAACUCAAAAUACUUGUAUAUUCACCCUCUUUAAGCUGGAGUCAUGGCCAAUUUUUGGGAAGGAUUGCGGAUACUUUAGUUGAUGCUGGCCAUGAAGUGCAUUUCCUCAAAUACAUUAUGAGCCCAGAUUUAGAACAGAAAAACGAAACGAGGAAGGUAAAAAGGAUACAUCAAAUUAAACCAAGUUUGGCGAACGCGAAAAAAGUGGACGUUAAAAAUAUGCAUCUAGUCGCAGAUUCCUUCUCUCAAAGGCGGCCAUUUUUGACCUUUUUUGAUCACCCCAUUAUUGAGUUUGAUCCAAUCAUGGCUACUGUAUGCAAAGGUAUUUAA